AUGGUGGUCGCUGUACACCAGAUCGCAGCUGUCAUCGCCGGUAUUGCGUCUCAUAUCGGCUACUUUAACAAAGGCGAACACCAUCUCAAUCCUGCUCGAUAUGUCGUGGCCUUCGCCGGUCUUCUUUUGAUGACUGUUGUCUAUUUGGUUGACGCCCAAGGCGUGCAGGUUGGCCACGCAGCUUCGACCGCCGCCUGGCUGGGCUCGUACUUCCUCGCCGGUCUUUACACCAGCCUGGUCAUCUAUCGCCUGUUCUUGCAUCCUCUAAACAGGUUUCCUGGUCCGUUGGGCGCCCGAAUCUCCGGUCUCUGGCUCUCUGCCCAUCUGACGGCCUCAGACCCCUUUCGACAGUUUCAGAAGCUGCAUAACAAGCAUGGCCAUUUCGUCCGCGUAGGGCCGUCGGAUCUUUCAAUCAGCCACCCGAAAGCUGUAAAUAUCAUCAACGGAUCUGGGUCCAAAUGCACCAAAGGAUUCUGGUACGACAUCACCGUUCCGACGGUAUCGCUACAAACCUGUCGGGUGAGAGCGCUGCAUGACCAACGGCGUCGCAUUUGGAGUGCCGCUUUUGGCGACAAGGCGCUCCGGGGUUAUGAGCAGCGCAUACGAGUCUAUCGCCAGAAGCUCAUGGACCAGCUGGCCGCUUUCGACGGUCAGCCGGUGAACAUCACCAAAUGGGUGAAACUGUACAGUUUUGAUGUGAUGGGGGAUCUCGCCUUUGGACGAUCGUUCAACAUGGUCGCAUCGGGCGCGGAACAUUGGGCGGUCAAGCUCUUGGAUGAGGGCCUUUUUCACUACGCGUUCAUGUUUCCGAUGUGGUUUCUUCGACUUGUUGGCUCCAUUCCGGGCCUCACGAGGCGUUGGUGGAAGCUUCUGAAUUUCUGCAACCAGAGUAUGGACGAGCGGAUGAAGACCAAAGUUGACAUUCCUGACAUCAGCUCGGCGUUGUUGGACCCUCUGAAAGACCGGGAUCCGAGUGCAGAAGAACUUGCAUGGCUGCAUGGAGAUGCCCAAUUGAUAGUUAUCGCAGGAAGUGACACCACGGCAAGUGCACUGGCGAGCAUUGUCUACGAACUCGUGCGGCAUCCGGACCAGAUCGACAAGCUGCGCGAGGAGCUCGCUCCAUACAUAACUGAUCCCUCCGGCGAGUUCUUGAACCACCAGAUCGCCAAUCUGGACCAUCUCAACGCCAUUAUCUACGAAGCGCUCCGCUUGUAUCCGCCCGUUCCCACCGUAUUCCAGCGGCUCACUCCACCUGAGGGGAUCGAGAUCGAUGGGACCCAUAUUCCAGGGAAUAUGAUUGUCUAUUGUCCCCAAUAUGUCAUCGGACGGUGCGAGGCGAUCUAUCCCCAUGCCGAAGAGUUUAUCCCCGAGCGGUGGUAUAAGUACCCGGACAUGGUGAAGGAAAGGUCUGCAUACGCCCCGUUUUCUACCGGACCAUUCGGGUGCAUUGGCAGACCUCUUGCCCUCCUCAACCUCCGCACCACUAUCGCACGUCUGGUGACGACCUUCGAUUUCGACUUUGCCCCGGGUGAAGACGGUCACAAUUUCAUCGAGAGGGCGGUCGACCACAUAACCCUGGGCAUGGGUGAAUUGAAGCUAUCAUUCAAGAAGCGUUGCAGCGGGAAAGUGGCAUCUCAUGAGCGCGGCAUAGGUAAUGAAGAUCAUGACGGUUUAUUCGGUCCAGCAGAAAGCUUUAACAGGGAGCACAGUCCUUGA